CCCGAGUAUAAAGUGGCAGAUCCCAUCUGUACGUUCCUGUUCUCCAUCUUCGUCCUCUUCACCACCAUCACCAUCCUCAGGGACGUCUUCAGGAUACUCUUGGAAGGCGCUCCUAAAGGCAUCGAGUUUAACUCCGUGAAGGAGGUGCUGCUGUCGGUGAACAAGGUGAAGUCGAUGCACUCUCUGCAUCUCUGGGCUCUGACUCUGGGUCAGGCUCUGGUCUCUGUUCACCUGGCCAUAGAGGAAGGUGCUGACGCCCAGUCGGUGCUGCAGGAAGCCACCGAGCUGCUGAACACUAAGUUUGGUUUCCACAGCAUCACAAUCCAGGUGGAGCUCCACUCAGAGGAGAUGAACCACUGCUGCCACUGCCAGGACCCCCAAGACUGA